AUGGUCGGGAGAGUUCAGCCUGAUCGGAAACAGUUGCCGCUGGUCCUACUGAGAUUGCUCUGCCUUCUUCCCACAGGACUACCCGUUCGCAGCGUGGAUUUUAACCGAGGCACGGACAACAUCACCGUGAGGCAGGGGGACACGGCCAUCCUCAGAUGUGUUGUAGAAGACAAGAACUCGAAGGUGGCCUGGUUGAACCGUUCUGGUAUCAUUUUUGCUGGACAUGACAAGUGGUCUCUGGAUCCCCGGGUUGAGCUGGAGAAACGCCACUCUCUGGAAUACAGCCUCCGCAUCCAGAAGGUGGAUGUCUAUGAUGAGGGUUCCUACACAUGCUCCGUUCAGACACAGCAUGAGCCCAAGACCUCCCAAGUUUACUUGAUCGUGCAAGUUCCACCAAAGAUCUCCAACAUCUCCUCGGAUGUCACUGUGAAUGAGGGCAGCAAUGUGACCCUGGUCUGUAUGGCCAAUGGCCGCCCUGAACCUGUUAUCACCUGGAGACACCUUACACCAACCGGAAGAGAAUUUGAAGGAGAAGAAGAAUAUCUGGAGAUUCUUGGCAUCACCAGGGAGCAGUCAGGCAAAUAUGAGUGCAAAGCUGCCAAUGAGGUCUCCUCAGCGGAUGUCAAACAAGUCAAGGUCACUGUGAACUAUCCUCCCACCAUCACAGAGUCCAAGAGCAAUGAAGCCACCACAGGCCGACAAGCUUCACUCAAAUGCGAGGCUUCUGCAGUACCCGCGCCUGACUUUGAGUGGUACCGGGAUGACACCAGGAUAAACAGCGCCAAUGGCCUUGAGAUCAAGAGCACGGAGGGCCAGUCCUCCCUGACGGUGACCAAUGUCACUGAGGAGCAUUAUGGCAACUAUACCUGCGUGGCUGCCAACAAGCUGGGGGUCACCAAUGCCAGCCUAGUCCUUUUCAAGCGUGUUUUACCCACAAUCCCCCACCCCAUUCAAGAAAUUGGCACCACCGUGCACUUCAAGCAAAAAGGACCUGGGUCGGUGAGAGGAAUAAAUGGAUCCAUCAGUCUGGCCGUACCACUGUGGCUGCUGGCAGCAUCUCUGCUCUGCCUUCUCAGCAAAUGUUAAUAGAAUAAAAAUUUAAAAAUAAUUUAAAAAACACACAAAAAUGCGUCACACAGGAUACAGAGAGAGAGUGGGAGAGAGAGAGAGAGAGCGCGCGAUGGGGGGAGACUGUUUAUUUCACAACUUUGUGUGUUUAUAAAUGAAGGGGGGAAAUAUGAAAAUGAAGACGAAAAUACAACAUUGGAAACAAUUUUAAAGUCCAUCAAUAAAAAUUUGGUAUGAUCAGGGUGGGAAAAGCUCUAUCAGGAUGUGUGUAUAUCUACUAAGGAAAUGAAUGCCGUGCUAAGGACAUCCAGAUGUUGUAAAAACAGGACAAGUAAAGAAGUACCAGAUGGAGACUGACUCCCCCACGCACACUUAUCCUUCCUUCCUUCAUCUUUCGUCAUCUGUGGGGAAAAAAAUAAGGUCUUGCCUUUGGUGUUAUACUUCCAUAACUUUCUAUUGUGUUUUCCAUUCAAGCUGACCUGUAGCCAUUUCAGACUCUCCAUAGAGUCUUAUGUUCAGCCUUU